ACAUUUGCUAAAAACUCGCAUUCAGUUUUACCAUCGAAUUGGGUGCCUACGGAAUUGCAAUAGCAAGCAAUUCCUUAUUAUGGCGCUUCCUAUGGCAAGCUCCGCGAAGGCCCUUGCAAAAGAAUUACGUAGUAUCCAAGAAGAGCCAGUGGAAGGUUUUAAGAUAACCCUUGUUGAUGAAAACAAUCUCUACGACUGGCAAGUAGCCAUUUUUGGGCCACCCGGUACAUUGUAUCAGGGCGGAUACUUCAAAGCACAUCUGAGGUUUCCUGGAGAUUAUCCUUACUCUCCCCCAACCUUUCGAUUUUUAUCGAAUAUAUGGCACCCGAACGUUUAUUCUAAUGGUGAGGUCUGCAUUUCAAUACUGCAUCCUCCUAUUGAUGAUCCUCAAGGUGGAGAGCUGCCCCAGGAGCGAUGGAACCCAACACAGAACGUUCGAACUGUUCUUCUAAGCGUCAUAUCUCUAUUGAACGAGCCUAACACAUUUUCUCCAGCCAACGUGGAUGCAUCCGUGAUGUUCAGAGAUUGGAGAGAACUAAAAAAUAAUAAAUAUGAAGAAAUCGUGAAACAACAGGUUCGAGAAAGUCAAAAAGAAGCCACAAAAGACGGCGUUCGCGUUCCAUCAACCGUCGAAGAAUACUGCGUAAAAACGACGAUCGCCGCCGGAGGUGAAAGUUCGGUGGAUAUGGAUGACUUUUUUGACGAAGAUAUGGACUGCACGGAAGAGGACGAAGAUACAGCAGACGAUCACGACACGGAAUGAUGCUCUCAUGUCAUUCAUUUUCUUCUUCGUAAUUCUUUUUAAUAAACUUUUAUUAUCAGAUGA